AUGUUAUCCGAUUCGAUCAGCCUUCAAAAGCUCCAUACUGCUCACCUUCGAGACGGGAUCAAAAUUCUCCAAGAUAUCGAAGAGACUGUUGAACAAAUCAGCUCCUUAGUCCACUCAUCUUGGACAUUACGUGAUCGCAAACCAGGCUGCGGUUUUCAAAUUGAAGAGGGACCUGAAGAACUCCUAAAACGAUAUAGAGCUGAACGAGUCCAAUCGAGACUGGCCGAUAAGUUCUACAGCCUGGGCGAUCUACUGGAAUCUCACUUUGCUCUACUGCCCCUACCUACACACGGUCACGAACCCAUGACGAGAGUGGAAGCGAACGUGAAAUUAUUCCAACUGAUGUCUUGUAUUGAGAAUGAGAAGGGGUGUACAGAGGAUCUGAUCGAGGUGUAUGAGAUCUUGCCGCUUGGGCUCGUUCAGGAUCACUGUGAGCGUCUGGCUGAUGAUAUCGUCUCAUACAAUCUAUCCCAACCAAACUGGAGAAGUUAUAUGGCCAAAUCGAGUUCAGAUACCAGCCUAUGA